AUGCCAAAAGACGCUUCGAGUAAAAACAAUCUCAUUUCGGAUGAGGAGAGUGACAAUGUCGAUGCAAAAGAGGUGAGUUUAGUCUAGAAACAGAACGUUUACAAGAACACUGAUAUACUCUCUUCCCAAGAAAUAAAGUCAAAUUCUCAGUCGCAAUUGUUUGUUGUGACAUGUAACAUAUCGGCACAUUAAUAAGCUGUAUGAAGUGUGCUCCGCGAAAGUCAUUGACUACAAGUUUAAUGAGCAGCAGCGAAAGUCAUUGACCACAAGUUUAAUGAGCAGCGAAAAGUCAAGACCUAAAGUUUAAUUUUCUAGUUACGGCGAAAAGAACCGAGAUUUGAUUUUCUGAGUUAAAACAAGAUGAAUUAUUGUAUUGUCGCUCGUUGGCGCAGCAAAGAUCAACUUCUCCUAUUUUAUUUUUCUAGAUGACAGCGCCGCAAGAAACCAAAACAUCGUGGAUUUGGGGCACAUUCAGAAAGCGAACAUGUCGAUGGUAUAUUCCUUCUGAAGUAAAUGAAUAUCGGUGA